AUGUCGUCCAGAUUCGCACUUAGGUCCCUCCGAAGCGCCGGUAUCCGCUCAGCGGCUCUCCCGCGCGCUUUGGCUGUGCCUUCAUCUCGCGGUUACGCUUCCCAGCAAUCACCAGACGAGAAGGCCGCGUCGCUCAUCAACGCCGUCCCUACCAGCUCGCUUUGGACCAAGACGGGCGGUGUGGUGCUCGGUACGGCGGUUACCGCUGCCGCCGUCUCGACUGAGCUCUACGUCGCGAACGAGGAGACUGUCCUCGCUGUCGGUUUCUUCAUCAUUGUCGCCGCUGUCGGUCGCUCCAUCGGUGCCCCUUACUCCUCAUGGGCCACUGGCCACAUUGACCGCAUCAAGGGCAUUCUCAACUCGGCCCGCGAAGAACACACCUCGGCCAUAACCGAGCGCAUCACCUCGGUCUCGGCCCUCAAGGACGUCGUCCCCCUCACCGAGCAGCUCUACGCCGUCGCCAAGGAGACGGCGACGCUCGAGCACGAAAACUUCCGCCUCGCGCAGGAAUCGGCCGUCAAGGCCGAGUUGAAGAGCGUGUUGGACAGCUGGGUCAGGUUCGAGCAGCAGCAGCGCGAGGCGGAGCAGGUCGCGCUCGUGGCGAGUGUCAAGGCGGGAGUGGAGGAGCGGUUGGCGGAUGCGGGGUUUAGGAAGCAGCUUUUGGAGGAGGCGUUGGGGCAGGUUGAGCAGCUCUCCCGGGCAAAGGCUAUCUAA